AUGUUGGUGAAUGGGGAGGCUACAAAUAUCAUUAGACCUUCUAAAGGAAUUAGACAAGGUGACCCUUUGUCACCAUUCUUGUUUCUUCUGGUAGUUGAAGUGCUGUCAAUAUUACUAGAUGAAGCUGUAGAAGACAACAUAAUUGGUGGAUUUCAGGUUGUGGAAGGUGGUACAGUGGUUUCUCAUCUGCAGUUUGCUGAUGAUACAAUUAUAAUGCUUAAUGCUUCAACUAUGGAGGUAAUAAGAUUGCUUGUUAGUUUGAUGUUGUUUGAACUGAUGACUGGUUUGAAGUUGAAUUUGGAUAAAAGCUCAAUGACAAGUAUAGGUGCAGAUGAGUUUAUUAGGAUGUAA